AUGAUUACCUAUACAAGAUUUGAUUUGGAUUUUUUGAAGCCAGGGGUUGAUGAUGCUUCAGAAGAUGCGAAAAAAAUUGUGGAUGAUGCGAAAAACUUUAUAGAGAAAGCUAUAGGUGAUAUAGGCAAGACUUCGGCAACAAAGCAGUUAAUUUUAGGAACUGCAUCAGGAUGGAUUACAGGAUUUAUUUCUAUGAAAAUUGGCAGAGUUGCAGCAGUUGGCUUAGGUGGAAGUGUCAUACUACUACAUAUUGCAAGUCAAAAAGGAUAUAUUGAUAUAAAUUGGGAUAAAAUCAACAAAAAGGUGGACAAAAUCAGUGACAAAAUUGAGAAAGAAGCUACAGGACGUUCUCCCGACUGGUUUGAAAAGGUGGAACGAUUUGUGGAUCGUAAAUUAGAUAAAGCCGAAGAGUUAAUCAAGAAAAAGGAAGUAAAAGCUAAACACUGGGUUAAAAAUAUUAAAGGGGAUGAUCAUUAUCGUGCUACGGAAUCACAUGUCUUCUUGGCAUCUUUUGUUGCUGGAAUGGCCAUUGGCCUUCUUUGUGGCAAAUAG